UGCUACAGAACGCUUUUUAAGCUAGCCGAGUGACUUUUCAUCUUUAAUCCAUAUUCAUCGUUUUCCCUAUUCGUCAUUAAUUUCACUUCCAUUACGGCCACACUCCUUUGGUCCACCCUCAGUCAAUUCUAACCGCAACAACCCUAACUUCACCCACGUUACAACAGCCCGGCAUGUCCGCUUUACCACCUCUUAACGUGGCAGUCCCGGCCAACGAGAGUAAAAGCUCCACCUCUAAUUCCUCCUUCUUAACGGCGGCCGAGAAGAAGGCCCAUCAUAUUGCUUCUGAGAAAAAGCGGAGGGAACAGAUUCGCUUGGCAUUUGACAAAAUUGUGGCAGUGGUACCAGACCUAUCGUCCCAGGAGGCAAGAUCGGAGUUGUCCAUUUUGACCAAAAGCACAAACUACAUCGAUUCUCUACGGAAAGAGAACCACAAGUUGCUUGAGGUGUACAAAAACAAGAAGGGCCAUAUCACCAAUGAAGACGUGAUUAACCGGAUAAAGGAGAAGGGCGGGUUUCUUGGGGAAGACUUGGCUAGUAUUAAGGACGAAUCUGCCUCGCCAUAGAACUCGAGGUAGAGGGGAUAUCUGAAUGUGGAGUCCUAGGAGGGAGAGGACCACUUCCCGGCGACUGCUUUUGCCUAUAGCUUGGGCCAUUUCACAGAGAUGGGCCAUUUCGCAGGGUUGGUCCUUGGUCUACGUGCAUCCUAGCUGUCCUGUCUCCAAUCGCUUCAGUUUUUUCAAGAGGGGAGGAGCUUGCGAGAAUAAACAUGUGAUUUGAGAAUAAGCAUGUCGUUUGAAACGUUUCUUGACCUGUAUUCGUCGUGAACGCUCACGAAUUACACAAUACCUUUGUACUAAUAUCAACGUCUCAAAUGUAGUAUAAACACAAAAAUUUAAUUAUAAUAAACCUCUG